UGGCGCGGCCAGCACUCGGCCCGGAGGAGGGAGGGCCGAAGUGAGGGAUAAAAGUGCUUUCUGACUGCUCCCGCCUCCCACCGAGAUGGCGCCGCGGCGGCUGUCCCUGCCUCUACUCACGUUCCUUCGGCGGGUGGUCGCGGCUGCCCGGAGCCCACUCUCCUCCUGAGACACGGGAUCAGGCGGGAGGGCGGAUCUUGGGGAGCAGCCGGCGCCGCCCGCUCGGGGCGGGAGCCAUGAGGAAUAGCCGGAGCCGGAGCCAAGGACCUGGAGGUGGGAGGUAGCCCGAGCGGCAGCGGCACCUGCUGAGGCGGAGGAGAAGCGGCGAGCGGCGGCUCCGCCCGCGCCUCUGCCGGACCAUGUCUCUGCUCUGUGUGCGGGUUAAAAGAGCCAAAUUCCAGGGUUCACCAGAGAAAUUUAAUACAUAUGUGACCCUGAAAGUACAAAAUGUGAAGAGCACGACCAUUGCAGUUCGAGGGGAUCAACCUUGCUGGGAACAAGAUUUCAUGUUUGAGAUCAGUCGCCUGGACCUGGGUUUAAGUGUAGAAGUAUGGAACAAAGGCCUGAUUUGGGACACAAUGGUGGGUACUGUGUGGAUUGCACUGAAGACCAUCCGGCAAUCAGAUGAGGAAGGCCCUGGGGAGUGGUCCACCCUGGAAGCAGAAACAUUAAUGAAAGAUGAUGAAGUCUGUGGAACCAAAAACCCAACUCCCCAUAAAAUUUUGCUAGAUACAAGAUUUGAAUUGCCUUUUGAUAUUCCAGAAGAAGAAGCCAGAUACUGGACUCACAAACUAGAACAAAUCAAUGCUCUGGGGACUGACAGUGAGUUUUCCUUUCAAGAAGAAAGCCAGAAGACGCUAUUGCCCAUUGCUGCCACCCAGUGUUCUUUUGAGGAUCCUGAUAGUGCUGUGGAUGAUCGAGACAGUGACUACCGCAGUGAGACCAGCAACAGCAUUCCUCCUCCCUAUCAUACCACUUCCCAGCCCAAUGCCUCUGUUCACCAGUUCUCAGUGCCAGCCCACCUCCAGCAGCAUCUGUUCCUUCAGGGCAGUUCUCGGGACUCCUGCAAUGACUCCAUGCAGAGCUAUGACUUCGAUUACCCAGAGCGGAGGGCCCUCAGAUACCCUAAGGAAUACAAUACAAUAGACAGGAGAAGGAAAAAGAAACUUAGAUAUGAUAGUUAUGAGGACAAUGAAAUAAGCCAGUGUAAUCAGAGAAGCUUACAAUCUCAGGGUUCCAUAUCUGGAGCGAAAGUAUUAAGUAAAUCUGAAACUAAAAAUAAGUUCUCAGGACAUUCUAGUGCUGAAAAAUACAAAUUUUGCCCCACUGAAAAGAGGAAACAAAUUUUCUCUGUUUUGCGUCCCUACAAAAAUGGACUUUUAGUUAAAAGUGGCAAGUGUGCUACCAAGUUGGAAAGCAUUGAAUAUUCAAGUUGUUUUGAAGAUUGUGAGAAGUUGAAUAAGUUAGAAGAAUCCAACACUAAUUUUCCUCCUUUAGGAACUCCUGAGGAAUCUGAUAGCAGUGCUUCUGAUGAACUGCAUUAUUCCCUCAUUUCACGUGAUAGGCUGAAUAAACUAGCUGUACUUUCACAAACAUUGUAUUCAUCAAAUAUCUGUCAUUGUGGAGAGUAUCUUGAAAACUCUUAUAAAACAAAUCCAAUGUUCUCCCCACAAAGAGUCAAUUGUGAUGCCCAAAUACAUAAAGUUAAAGGAGAAAACAUUGGAAGUCACAUGCAAGAGUUCAUACAGCCUUCUAUUGAGGAAGCUCAGGAGGAAUAUGUUGAUACUAUGGAUGAGUUACAGUAUUUAGUGGAAACAGUGUCAGAAUAUUUAGCUGAGAAGGAAGAAGAAAUCAACAAAUUUAGUUCUAUUUCAAAAACCAAAACAAAAUAUAAAGAGAAUUUUGAUACUGUAGAUCAGAAACCACCAGUGGAUCAAGUACCAAAUUUGUCUACUCAAAAGAGUGGCAAGGACUACAAAGUGAAGCCUCUUCCCCUCCCUGAGCUGACUGGAGUAAAAAAUACAGUCAGCUCUUUGUUCAGUUCAUUUACUGAAAAGGUGGGCUCUGGCACAAAGCAUAUUUCUGCUUCUAUGGAAAAGCUUGUUUCCUUAGUUCCUGAGAAGGCAGAACUCUCUUCCCAAAAGGAAAAGAGUAGUUUAGACUCUAGACCUAGAGCCAAUUCAGAUUCACCCAGCCUUGAAACAGAUGGCCAAAGAGAAAGAGACCUUUCCAUGCAUUCUCCAUUACUCUCUCAAACAAAUGACAAUGAAGAUAUUGGCAGGUGGAACACAACCUCAGAAAUUGAUUAUAAAAUUAGUAAGACCAUGGCUUCAGGUCUUCAGGAUUCUUCAGAAAGUACUAGAAAGGACUCACCUUCCCCACAGACUCAGAGUUCACUUAUGAGUUCUAUUUUUAAUAUGAUAAAUCCAUUAAAGAAUUUUUCAGAAAAAGAAGAAACAAAAAAAGAAAUUGACCAGUAUAUUCUAACAACCAAGGAAAGCCACUUAAUGGUUGACCGGGAGCCAGAACAAAAGGAAGCUACCUUAAUAAAUGACAGUAGUUACAAUGUUAUGUUAGAUGUUAAUUAUAGAGACACUAUUGACCAGAUACAAGUUCAUCCAUGUGAGGAAUUGCCAUCUUCAGAAGUAAUCAAUGAAUUUCUAGACUCAGUUAGUUCUUCCUGUGUGAAAGAGAGCAAAGAAGAUCUUUCAGGAGAAACCUGUAUAUGUGUGCCUCAUCUUUUAAGUCAACAAGAAAUAUGUGCCAAAGAUAUACCAGGAGUUCUUUGUGAGUCAGAAUGUAGAAAUGAAAAUAAAAGGGGCAUAAAUGAAGAGACUUCACCACCUUUAAAGUUUGGCAAAGUAUCUGACAAUUUUUUCCUUAGCCCAUUAAAAAAAUCCUUUAGUCAGUUUUUUCUUACUUCCCCUAAAUCAUCUUUAAAAGAAGCUUCAUUUGGAUCCUUGGAAGUUCAUCAGCCUGAUGUUUCAAAAAGCAAUCCUAAGAAAGACAGACGUUCAUUUUCCUUCAAUGGGAAGCUAAAUAUUCCAUUUUGGGGAUCUCUUGGUAUUUCUGAAAAGCAGGAUUUAAAGGAAAAUGGAAGUAUCUUUCCUUCUCUAUUUAAAUUUCCUUCCACUGACACAAUUACAAUCUCUCAAAAACAAUGUUGUCAUGACUCACCAUUAGUUGUUGCUGAAGAACCUAAAAGCAAUUGCCCAGAAGUUUCCAAACACAAUUCAGAAAAAUCCAGUUCAAUUGAAACUGUUUCCAGUAUUCCAGAUGAAUUUAAGGAUAUACAAAAAAUUCAACAAAUUAAGCAUAAACUAGGAGAGGAAAAUCAAUGUGAUAAAGAUGCUUUAGGCAUCUCCAUAACUGAGCCCAUAGAAUACAAAGUUUCUAAUUUUUCAGAAAGUAAGAAUUUAAAUAAAGUGAGAACUUCAACAGUGUCAGAUUCUUUAUUAGUUUUAAAUGCUGCCCUCUCAAAAUCAACAUCUGUCUGUGAAUCUAGAGAAGACAAAGUUGAGGAUGAUUCUUUUAAGAAAAGCAUAAGACAAGAUCUAUUUGAUAGACAGUUGAGAUUUUCUUCUGAAAAUUUGCUCAGUACAAAAGAAUUAAAUAUGAGAAAUGAAAGUCUCCAGCAGAGAAAUAGUUCUCCAGGUUUACUUUCUGGAAUGUUUAAUCUUGCAUCAGAUGAAAAUGUUUCAGAUGGUAAGCCAAAUAGAACAAAAUCAAAGCCUCUAGGUUUCAGAAAAUGGUUGGAUGGAAGUAAGCAUUCUAGCCUUGAUGAAAUGCCCAUGAAUUCAGAUGAGACUAUCAACCAAGAGAGUCAUGUUGAAAAGCUAGAGACUUCUAGCAUUUUCAAAAGCUUCUUAUCUUUACCUGAAAGGAAAGAUAAAAGCAUUCAAGUAAGUGAGCCUUUGGUGGAUGAAAACCUUAUGAGAACAAAUAAACCAGAUGAAAAGUACUGCAUUUCUUUUGACUAUCCUCUUUCCCAUAGUAUUCCUACUGCCCAACAGGAAAUCAUGAAGAAAUCUUUAUUUAGGGAGCAGUUUCCUCACCAAGUUCCCAGAACAAAAGUACAAGAAAAUUCAAGUGAGUUGAAUUCAUCUUUACUAAGGACUAAAAUUAUUUGUGCAUCAAACUACUACCAGGCUUUUGAGGACAUGGAUAGUCCUUUGAGUUUUGAAUGGAAUUCUGGCAUAAGAGCCUUCUCUGGAGAUCUCAAUGAAAUCAUGCAACCAGUUUAUUAUGUAUUAAAUCAAAAUACCCUUCCACUAGCUGAAGUUUUCUCCUGUCCUCAAACAGAAAGUUCAAUAGUAAAUCUUUGCCAAAAAGACAAGAAUGCAAAUAUCUUGCAAAGGAGAACAAAUCUAGAUGGUGUUGACUGUAAUGAAUCCUUAUAUGAAUCACUUGACCAGUUAGCAUUUCACGAAGACUAUUCAGUAAAAGGGAGUAUGUGGGCAGCCAACUCAUUGAAUGGAAACAGUCAUUUCCCACUUUUUGAAGCUAAUAAUAAGUAUUUGCUUGAAGAAUUGCCCAUUGACUUAAGUUAUUCUUCAGGUUAUGACCAAACAAUGUGGACUGUAGUUGAUCAAGAAUCCAUAAGAAUGGAUGAAAGUUUUGCAUUUUUAAGUUUUGAUUAUGAGUACCAGGAAUGGUUGUCAUGGCUUGAAAAUGGAAUGUGGUGCCCAUCAGAGGAUGGGGAAUAUGGACAUUAUGUGUACAGUGAUGGCCAAUAUAUCUAUUCUCUGCUCACUGAUUCUACUGGGCAAUAUAUAUAUAUUUGUGGACCUGAUUCUUCUUUUCAAGAGUAUUUGGACUAUGAUUUCCAAAUGAAUGCCAUAUCAAAUGCUAUGUUAGAUGAUAAGAUUGCUCUAUGUGGUUUCAAAGUCCUUCUUAGUGGUGAAGAGGAAUCAUUGUGGUGUGAUAAAGAAAAGCCAUUAGGUGACUCUAUUAAUAUGCCUCUUGAUUUGUCUAUGGCAUUGCAAAGAAGGGAUGAAUUAAUGAAUAUGAAUUUUGAAACUUUUUCAGAAAUGUUUGAAGAUUCAAUGUAUUGCCAAAGCGAUCAGCCAUUAGACUUUUCAGGAUAUAAACUUGAGAAGUUCAGAGUAGCUUUGGGUUGUGAAAAAGAAAAAUCUGAAGAUCUUGAGAACAUCCUUGAUCUUCGAAGUCAACCCAAAAGUCUUAAUUGUUGGGAUGUAAAUAGAGAUCUUCAGAUUAGAGAGAAAAACAAAAGACAACGUGUAACUGAAAAUACAUUAGGUGGAAAUUUGGGUUUCCUCAGGCAACAGGCCUCCUCUAAACUAGCUGUCCCUUUGGUUCUUUCUGAAAACACAACAACAAGCUCUCAGUACAUAGAAGAGAAGUUGCCCACAAACAAAGUAACUUCUUUCUUUUCAUCUUUGGGUGAUUUGGUGGGGAAGACUUUGAAUUAUGAUAAGAAUGAGUCAUUAGAAACUUCUACUAUGAAGAAUGUGGAUAUACAGUUAGAACCAACGGAAUUACCAAAGGAUGACCCUCUGUCUUUAGUACCAAGUGGGCUAUUUGCCGUGAGCUCAAAAACUGUAGAAGAAAUUCCCUCCAAGAAAGAAACAGAGAGACAAGCUGUUUCUAAUAAUCAGAAUUCAGAAAUUACUAUGAAUCAAAAGCAAACAUUACCUAUAAAUAAGAAUACUAGUAUGAAAAAGCAAAGUUUGUUAAGAUCAGUUUCACUAGUAAGCCAAGUAACUCCUGAUGUUAAUCCAGAUGUAGAUGAUCAUAAACUUAUUACAACUGAUCCUAUUCUAACACCUUUUGCCACACAGUUCCUUAAAAAUGAAGAGAAAGAAUAUGAACGUCCUGAGAUCCAGUCUUCCACAGAACCCGAGGAAACAUUAUUUAAAAGUGCAUUGAAGCUUUUCAGUAGGGGAGAUGAUUCUUCUGUAAAUACAAGUGAAAAAAUCCAGACAUCUGGAUUUUUUGACUUCUUUAAGACCCAGGCUAAUAAGGGCAAUUCACCAAACCUGGAAAGUACUAGUAGUAAAGAAGGAAAGGCACAAUCUUCAGAAAAGAAAGAAUCUACAACUAUUUCAUCUCUCUUUGGUUCCCUUGGGGAUCUUUUUAAAGCAAAUGUGUCCCCUUCACAGUCAGCUGAGAAAGUCUCCAUUCCUUCAAGUACUGAUAGCCAAGAAACGAUCAUGACAAACACUAAUAUCAUGGAACCAGCCAGCCAGAAUGACAGCACACUUCCUUCUACACCUGUUUCUUUAUCAAGGAAAUCUAGGGCUAGAGUCCUGAACAAACAGACCACUAUCCAUGACAGUGGACCAAAAGAGCCUUCAGUUGGAGAGACCCAGAGAAAGAAUAGUAUAGGAAAUGGGGCAUUCUUGGGAGAUCAGACACCAAGUCCAACUCCCUGUGUUAACCACCUUGAAAAAUUGUCCAAAGACUUUUCCCUGGGAAAUGGUGAUGGUGAAUCUUCAGUGACAAUGAAGAAUCUAGGAUAUAAUCAGGAGUCUUCUGAUGCAUUGGAUGGAAUUAGUUCAAAGAAACAAGAUGAGUUUUUUGGCAAGGAAGGGGGUUUUUCAGCCACUACAAAAAACUCUACAUCAAAGCCAGAGCUUCCAAAGAGCAAGAGUAUAUUUUCUUACCUGACUGAAUUGGAAAAACCUGGACAGAAAGCUUCUGCUACUAGCCCAAGUGCUAAAUUUCAGGAAGAAGGGUUAUUUAAACUACCUUCCUUCUUUUCCUCUAGGGGCUCUAGCAGUAAGAAAAGUGUCUCUCAGAGUAGCUCUAGUUUUGGUUUCUUUAAUUUGUCUUUAUGGGAUGAAAAGCAACAGAAUACUGUUGAAAAACAAAACCUUGUCAAUGUAGCUCCAGUGACUUCUCAGCCCUCUAAGCUGCCAAGUGUUUUUUUAGCCACCAGUGACAAAAUGGAAAGACAAGAAUAUUCAGAUGGAAACAAAAGCAUCUCACACAAAGAGACAUUGCAUGAGCAGCAGGAGGUUAUCAGUGCCCUCCCCAGUAGCACCACAGAUGCCACCCUUGAUGUGGUCAAGUGUAAUGGAGAAAUGGAGACCUUCUCACCAGAUUACCUAUAUUUAGAUUCUUCAAUCCAGAUUGUCCAGGCACAAAAAGAUGCUACUUAUGCUCCAGAACUUCAAGGAACAGAGAAAAUAUUCUUUAUUGACACUGAAAUUGCAGAACCCCUUAAGGGAACUCCUUAUGAAAAAGAUUUGAAUCAGAAAAUCUCUACUAGUGAUCCCUUAUGUAAUUCUUUUUCAUAUGAUAGUCACAUGUCUGAAAGCCUAAAUCAUCUUUGUGAUUCUACUAACAUUCAAAGAAAUGAGAGUUUUACAAGGGACCAGUUGAAUUUUCCAAAGAAAUUGCUCAAACACAGAACUAACAAUGAUAGUUUACAGCAAGAUCUUAAGCCAACCCCUUUCUCUGAUCAGUCUAUGAAUGCAUUGAGUUCACAGAGCAAACCUAUGGAAGCCACAGAAGAAAAGUCAGUACUAGAUUCUUCAACAGAAAUAUUUUCAGGAUUCAUAACUAAAAUGAAAUCUUUCUCUGGGGAAACACUCUCUGGACUUUUUCCCCCAUCUCAAAUGACAGGAGGAGCUUCUCAGUCUCCAAAGAAAAGUUCCUUUUUCGGUCUUUCUUCUAGUACAUCAUCUCAGACCCUCACGGGAGACUUGUUUAGCAUAUUCAAAAGUCCCAAGCCAGAGACUCAUGAGCAAGAUUCACAUUUUCAGGUGAGUUCUCAGCUUCCAGGCAAGAAUCUCAGAGAAACUGUGGAUUCAAUAUCUAAUAAAAAGGAAGCUAAGAAAGAAGAAAACACAGAGCUUCUUCCUGUAGAAUCAGCUAUCAGUGACACUGAAAGGGCAGAAGUCAAUGAAAAGUCAGACGCUUUCACACAUGACUCUAAAUUGAAAAUGGAAAUGGAGGACAAUAAAACUCUUCUAAUUGAAUCCAAAGAACUUGAGUUAAAUGCUUCUGAUGCUUCUAUUUUGGGAGAUGAUGCUGUUAUGAGAACUUUGUCUCUGAGUAAUGUAAAUGAGAAUGAAGCAUUGAAAGGUACCAAUGUGGAGCAUCUAUCCAAAAUAGAGAAUACCUCAAUUACCUUACAAGUGAAUAUAGACCCUGCCUGUAUAACCACCUAUACUCCUCUUCCAGAACAGGUACUCACUGACAUAUCUGAGCCUUAUCUAAAUCAUUCUCUUGAACAUGUGUCAGACUUACCAGAUCCUCAGUCAAAUCAAGACUUGUUAGAGUCAUGUUUAAGUAAUAUAUCAAAAACUGAACUGACUAAUGAUGAUCAGGCAGAAGUGAAUUUGUAUCCAACCUGCCCAGGUAGCACAGCAGAGACCAAAGGACAUCUGGAGGAGCAAUUAGAGAUUUGUACCAUCCCAGAAGAUAUUGGGCAGUGCCUUUCCUUGAAGAACCCACCUACUGCUCCCUCAGAAACAAGCCAUCAAAAAUCUAGAUUUGAUACUCCAAAUGUUCCCAAUUUGCCAAAGUUUGAUUUCCUGUCCUCUGCUGCUGAUCAUAGGAAAUCACUUGGCUCUUUCUUUUCUCCUUCAUCUUCUUUUGGGUCUAGAGCAUCAACAGAGACUGGUUUCAUGUCAGGUUUUAAGAAGUUUUCAAAUCUGUUUGAAGGAAGCAAUGAGGAAAAAGGGAAUGCAGUUGAUAGUGGCCUAAAGCUAGGAUUUGGAAAGAAGCUAGACAUUCCUUUUCCAUGGCAAAAAGAAAACAAGGAGAGUAUUGGUCAGGGGGCUCCAGGGACCCCAGUUUUAGUAAAAGACAGUAUUCAAGGUCAUAACCAAAGUAGAAAAAACAUGGCAACAGAGUCUCUUGAUGUACCUGGGGCUAAUGUCGAACCAGCUAUAUCCUCCAACCAUCUGAAGGUCCUGCAGAAUGAAUACACCAAAGACAUUUCAGAGUCUGAAGUGAUUAAUAAGAAGCAAGAAAUUCCAGUGUCUAAAGAGUAUCACCAUACUGGAAAUAUCAUAUCUUCCUCCAUGGACCCCAUAGUUCAGGAAGGCCAACUUUGCCCAAAGUUGGAGCUGCCUCAGCAGAAGGAAGAGCAAGAGCAAGAAAUUGUGCCUGACAAAGGACUUCUUACCAGUGGUGACUCCCUAUGCACAUCUUACCUGACAACAUCAAAAGGAAUCAUGGAAUCAGGGAUUGAGAAAAGCCCCACUGGCAGUAGUAGGUAUGGAUCCUCCUGUAAUGUAAGUCAAGGAAGCUCACAGCUUAGUGAGCUGGACCAGUAUCAUGAGCACAUUCAUAGCUCAGAGCAAGAUGAUGACCACCGAGAAAGGGACUCAAUUUAUUCCUGCCACAGUACUGGAAGCUACACAAAGGAUAGCCAACCAGGCUUUGGGGAACAGGAGAAAUCGUUGGAGGGGACCAGUGAAGCUGAGAAGGGAAGAGCUUGUGAGCCAAAGGAAAUGGUUAAAGAAGAUAGAACGUCUCAUCUUCCCCUAGAACUGGAGCCACAUAAAAGUCCCCAGGAGAGUUAUCCUGAGGAGAAUCAUUCUUCACCAUUUACCCAAGCUAGAGCACAUUGGAUUCGAGCAGUUACCAAAGUCCGGCUCCAACUCCAAGAGGCUCCUGAUGAUGGUGACCCCUCCAGGCAGCUGUGGCUCCCCAGUGGGUCAGCUGGUGGCCUCUAUGGUAUUGACAGCAUGCCAGACCUACGCAAAAAGAAACCACUUCCCCUUGUCAGUGACUUGUCAUUGGUCCAGUCCCGGAAGGCAGGAAUCACUUCUGCAUUGGCUACACGGACCUCCCUCAAAGAUGAAGAACUGAAAUCUCAUGUAUACAAGAAAACUCUGCAAGCCUUGAUCUACCCUAUCUCAUGUACCACUCCUCACAACUUUGAGGUGUGGACAGCCACCACACCCACCUACUGCUAUGAAUGUGAAGGCCUUCUAUGGGGCAUUGCCCGGCAAGGUAUGCGUUGCACAGAAUGCGGGGUGAAGUGUCAUGAGAAGUGCCAGGACCUGCUCAAUGCUGACUGCCUGCAAAGGGCAGCAGAGAAAAGCUCCAAGCAUGGAGCUGAGGACCGGACUCAGAAUAUCAUCAUGGCAAUGAAGGAUCGCAUGAAAAUCCGUGAGCGAAAUAAGCCAGAAAUUUUUGAUGUUAUCCGAGAUGUCUUUACUGUAAGCAAAGUUGCCCAUGCCCAGCAGAUGAAAACAGUGAAACAGAGUGUGCUAGAUGGUACCUCCAAAUGGUCAGCCAAGAUUACAAUCACUGUGGUGUGUGCUCAAGGUCUGCAGGCGAAAGAUAAGACUGGCUCCAGUGAUCCUUAUGUCACCGUGCAAGUUGGAAAAACAAAGAAAAGAACAAAGACCAUUUUUGGCAACUUGAAUCCUGUUUGGGAGGAGAAGUUCCAUUUUGAGUGCCAUAACUCCUCAGACCGAAUCAAGGUACGAGUAUGGGAUGAGGAUGAUGACAUCAAGUCAAGAGUGAAGCAGCGGCUGAAGCGGGAGUCAGAUGACUUUCUUGGCCAAACUAUUAUUGAAGUGCGAACCCUGAGUGGCGAGAUGGAUGUCUGGUAUAACUUGGAAAAGAGGACAGAUAAAUCUGCUGUCUCAGGGGCAAUCCGGCUGCAUAUCAGUGUGGAAAUAAAGGGGGAAGAGAAAGUAGCACCAUAUCAUGUGCAAUAUACCUGUCUCCAUGAGAACCUGUUCCAUCAUCUCACAGACAUCCAGGGCAGUGGAGGAGUCCGGAUCCCUGAGGCCAAAGGGGAUGAUGCAUGGAAGGUUUAUUUUGAUGAGACAGCCCAAGAAAUUGUGGAUGAAUUUGCCAUGCGCUAUGGCAUUGAAUCAAUAUACCAGGCCAUGACGCACUUUGCAUGUCUGUCCUCCAAGUACAUGUGUCCUGGUGUACCAGCAGUGAUGAGCACUCUGCUUGCCAACAUCAAUGCUUACUAUGCCCAUACCACAGCCUCUACCAACGUCUCUGCCUCUGACCGUUUUGCAGCCUCUAACUUUGGAAAAGAGAGAUUCGUGAAACUGCUGGACCAGCUGCAUAACUCACUGCGAAUUGACCUCUCCACAUACCGGAAUAAUUUCCCCGCCGGGAGCCCAGAAAGGCUGCAGGACCUGAAAUCCACUGUAGACCUGCUCACCAGCAUUACAUUCUUCAGAAUGAAAGUACAAGAGCUUCAGAGUCCACCCCGUGCCAGCCAGGUUGUGAAGGACUGCGUGAAGGCCUGUCUGAAUUCCACCUAUGAAUACAUCUUCAACAACUGUCAUGAACUGUACAGCCACCAAUACCAGACUGAAAAACAGGAACUGCCUCCAGAGGAACAAGGCCCCAGUAUCCGGAAUCUGGAUUUCUGGCCCAAGCUCAUUACUCUCAUUGUGUCCAUCAUCGAGGAAGACAAAAAUGCCUACACACCUGUCCUGAACCAGUUCCCUCAGGAGCUGAAUGUGGGCAAGGUCAGUGCAGAAGUGAUGUGGCAUCUAUUUGCCCAGGACAUGAAGUAUGCAUUGGAAGAGCAUGAGAAGAAUCGACUCUGUAAAAGUGCUGACUACAUGAACCUGCACUUCAAAGUUAAGUGGCUUCACAAUGAAUAUGUUCGAGAUCUACCUGCCCUCCAAGGGAAGGUGCCUGAAUACCCAGCGUGGUUUGAGCAAUUUGUGCUUCAAUGGCUGGAUGAGAAUGAGGAUGUAUCCCUGGAGUUCCUGCAUGGCGCCUUGGAGAGAGACAAAAAAGAUGGGUUCCAACAGACAUCAGAACAUGCACUCUUCUCCUGCUCCGUGGUAGAUGUCUUCACACAGCUCAACCAGAGUUUUGAAAUCAUCCGGAAGUUGGAAUGCCCAGAUCCCGGCAUCCUUGCUCAUUACAUGCGGAGGUUUGCCAAGACCAUUGGAAAGGUGCUGAUGCAGUAUGCAGACAUCUUAGCCAGGAGCUUCCCAUCUUAUUGUGACAAGGAGAAACUGCCCUGCAUCCUAAUGAACAAUGUGCAGCAAUUGAGAGUCCAACUAGAGAAGAUGUUCGAGGCCAUGGGGGCCAAGGAGUUAGAUCCUGAGGCAGGAGACAACCUGAAGGAACUUCAGGUGAAACUGAACACAGUUCUAGAUGAGCUCAGCACAGUAUUUGGGAACAGUUUUCAGAUACGGAUUGAUGAGUGCGUUCGACAAAUGGCUGAUAUCCUGAGCCAGGUGCGAGGUCCAGCAAAUGUGCCUCCCAAUGCAAGAGGUUCAGUGGCUCAAGAUGCAGACAGCGUACUCCGACCCCUCAUGGACUUCCUUGAUAGCAACCUCACACUCUUUGCCACAGUAUGUGAGAAGACAGUGCUGAAACGUGUGUUGAAGGAGCUCUGGCGGGUGGUGAUGAACACCAUGGAGAAAAUGAUUGUUCUGCCACCACUUACAGACCAGACGGGUCCCCAGUUGAUCUUCACAGCUGCCAAAGAGCUAAGUCAUCUCUCUAAACUUAAGGACCACAUGGUACGGGAGGAGACCAGGAACCUCACUCCAAAGCAGUGUGCUGUUCUUGACCUUGCAUUGGAUACCAUCAAGCAAUACUUUCAUGCCGGUGGCAAUGGAUUGAAGAAAACGUUUCUCGAGAAGAGCCCAGAUCUGCAAUCCCUGCGCUAUGCCCUGUCCCUCUACACACAGACCACAGACACACUUAUCAAGACCUUUGUGCGGUCACAGACUACCCAGGGAUCAGGUGUGGAUGAUCCAGUGGGGGAGGUCUCUAUCCAAGUGGAUCUGUUUACACAUCCUGGAACUGGGGAGCACAAGGUCACAGUGAAAGUGGUGGCUGCCAAUGACCUCAAGUGGCAGACAGCAGGCAUGUUCAGGCCUUUUGUGGAGGUGACCAUGGUUGGCCCACACCAGAGUGACCGAAAAAGAAAGUUCACAACCAAAUCCAAGAGCAACAACUGGGCUCCCAAGUACAAUGAGACAUUUCACUUCCUCUUAGGGAAUGAAGAAGGGCCAGAUGCCUAUGAACUUCAAGUAUGUGUGAAAGACUACUGCUUUGCACGUGAGGAUCGGGUGCUGGGGCUGGCAGUGAUGCCACUGAGAGAGAUGGCAGCCAAAGGUAGCUGUGCAUGUUGGUGUCCCCUGGGUCGGAAGGUCCACAUGGAUGAAACAGGCCUAACUAUUCUCCGGAUCCUGUCUCAGAGAAGCAAUGAUGAAGUGGCCCGAGAGUUUGUGAAGCUCAAAUCAGAAUCUCGCUCUUCAGAGGAGGGGAGUUGAGUUUGAUAUCCCACGUGCCAACUUGGGCAACUGUGCCUGCCUUCCUUCACAUCAUCAAAUUCCCAUUCUUCUCCCUGCCAGGCUCAUGGAAGUUAGCUGUGUAGUAGCCUUUGAGCAUCUGUAGCCAAGAGGUGAUGUCAGAUUUUUCAGGAGAAAUUCUAGGUGAGAGAGCCAUCUCACAGGGAGGAAAUUAGAAAGGGAGGGUAAAUCAGGGACACAGAGACUAAUAUGCCAGGGUGGCCAGCCAAGGAUUUUCCAUAAGAAACAAAUCUGUGUUGAUCUCAAGAAUCUUCCCUGAAGGAUUCUCUCUAUUGAUGUCUCAACUUACACUCACACUCUUCCCCCCCCCCCCCAUUUACCUACACAUCCUCUUUUCUUAUCUCUUCUCUCUUCAUCACAGCCUCUUAUUAAAUGUGUCCCCACCACCCAUAUGAAAAAGUAGGGGGAUCUAGAAUGGUUGGUAGUGAAUAUUUGAUUAGCGGUAUAGUUGGUUAAAUCCACAGACGUGCCUGAUACCCCUAGCCCAGGGAAACUCUAUUAGUAACCCUGAGGAUGUCACCAAGAGCUGAAGUGCCUGAGCAGAGGUUGCUUUCAUCUUGCUGCUUAAGCCCCAAGGACAAAAGUAUGUUACUAAGAACUAGAACUUGCCAGGGAUGAGUUAUGUUCCCACUCCUGGGUCUUGGCCUAAGAGCAAAUCCUGUGGCCCUUUAUCCUUGAUCCUUAAUAUUGAGUUUCCAGAACUUUUUGAAGUGUCACAAUCAGAACAGAUUCACAUGGUGCUUAGGAACCUGGAAUGGUGUCUGUAGGUGGUUGGCCCAGCCCAGGUUGCUGCUAUGAAUAGGAACAGAAGCAGGCCAAAAUAAGUAGGAGGGGAAGAUUGCUCUUUUUGGGGGGGGGGGGGGGGCUAGAUCCUGAGAUAAGCCAGUGGCUGCCAGAGUUGGAUUAGGGAAGAAUUCGCAUCCCCAUCUGUCUUCUGUAGAUGGCAGUAUCCCACUGAUAAGUUGGAUGGUGGUGUCACUGAUAAAUCGGACUAAUCAGUCCCUCUUGCCCUAGCCAGGAGGGCUAGGACUCUUCUUGGAUUCUUUUUUUUUUUUGGUAUGGACUCUCUUUAGACACUUGAACAGCUAUAUGAAGUGGGACUUGGAUUACCCUGGCAUGCUUCUAGGAUUCUUGGGAACAUGGUGUUGUCUACAGAUACACUGCCCAAAAUGCUAAACAAGAAACCAAGGCAUUUUUGCUGUUGUUAAUCAUUGUAUGUGCCAUUGUUGCAGGAGAUUAUAGGAUAGUCUUUAAUAAAUUAUCUUUUAACAGCA